CAAAUGGUUAGCAUUGCCCGCACAAUGGGGCUCAAUAGUGAUCCAGACGAGUUUCCCGGAAAAUAUAAUUUAUUUGAAGCCGAGACAAGGCGAAGAGUAUGGUGGGAUAUAUUUUAUUAUGAUUUGUUUGUGGCAGACUGUAUGGGCCAGCUCCCGUUUAUUGUCGAUAAUUCAUUCACCACAAAGAUGCCUUUGGACGUUGAUGAAGACUUAUUCUCGCCAGCUUCAACUUCGGUCCCACUACCGCGGAGCUCAUUGUCUCCUCUAGAUCAUGAGUCGACGGAUUUCAAGUACUUUGGGUUGAAAUGCCAUUUGGCCAAGAUCAUUAAAAAUGUCAAGAAGCGUCCCUUCAAAGAUCCAGUGCGGGACACCUCUUCGCACGACCAACCUUCGAUUGAGCAGGUGGCUACGCUUGAAAGCGAAGUCAAGCAGUGGCUGACCGAGCUUCCACCUGGCUUCCGCCUUGACAUGAACGCCGAAUUCCCGGGUACUGUUGGUCCACAAUACACCGAUCAUCUUAGCGGUUCUCCAUCGUCUCUGUUCCCGGGCGAUUUGACAUCGGUUUCUCCCAUUCUAAUGGCUCAGCGCUGUGAGCUUGCGAUAACCGCCAACCGGCUUAUAUUAAAGGCCUAUCUACCGUUCCUAAGAUCCUCGUAUGUCAGCAGCACAGCAUCGUAUUAUCAAGCCGUUAUGAGCACCAUAAAU